AUAUAUGUAUGUAUGUAUUUUUCUCCAGUUCCAUUAGCAAGCUGUGAUUGUGAUAUGAAGAUGCAGAAGUCUGUCUCUGUCGUUCCUCUACUGUUGCUCCUCUGUCUGUCUGGGGUAAGGGUCACCAAAGGUCAAGGGGUAGAGGUCACUAAAGCUAAAUCUGUAGAUUUCAAGACAGAAUUCGAGGUCAAAACACCAGCAGACGGAAAGGCAGAUGGACAGACUGACCUCUGGGCUGAGCUGAGAGACAUGGUGGUGGAACAGAGAGUGGAAAAGAGAGAGGCUGUCACUCAAAGUCAACUGGAGGACUCAAAGACACAGAAUUCAGGUCUCCAGGCUCAAAGCGUCAGUCCACCAGCUGAAUACUCAGUCAGACUGGUGAAUGGGACCACUUCCUGUUCUGGGACAGUGGAAGUCUUAUAUGAAGGAGAGUGGUUAAGUAAAUGUUAUGGGUGGUGGAGCAUGAUGAGAGAGGUUAAGAUUUUGUGUAGAGAGCUGAACUGUGGAGAUGUUGUAGCUGAAUCUAGAGGACCUCAGUUUGAAACGGGAAGAGGAAUAGUCACAAUAUAUAGUACGUGUAGUGGAGAUGAGUCUUCUAUUGGACAGUGUGUCAUCGAUGGAGCACGUGGUGUCUGUAAUCGUGGAUAUUAUCAUCAUGUGACCUGUUCAGAGUCUGUGCGGCUUGUGGAUGGAGCUGGUCUCUGCUCUGGGAGAGUGGAGGUGAAGUCCAAUCAGUCCUGGGCCUCAGUGUGUGAAGCUGACUUUGACCGGCAGGAUGCAGAGGUAGUCUGCAGGGAGUUUGGCUGUGGGGCACCUGCAGCUCUACAGGGGGGGCUCUAUGGAGAAGGUGAGGGUCAGACCUGGGAUAAAGAGUUCCAGUGUAAAGGUAAUGAGUGCCUUCUCCUGGACUGUGACACCUCAGACAGAGAGAACAACACCUGCCUACCUGGUAAUGCUGUUGGACUCACCUGCUCAGAGCCUGAUGAUGUGAGGCUGGUGGGAGGAGGCAGUCGCUGUGCUGGUGGAGUGGAGUGGUACGACCAGGGAGAGUGGAGGACUGUGGGAUCUUUCUCUGACAUGAUGUCUACAGCUGUAGUAGUGUGUCGACAGAUGGGUUGUGGCUCCCCUGUUUCAGUACUACCUGGAAAAAACACUAGAGGGUUCAGAUUUGACUGUGAAGGGGAUGAAUCUGCACAGAGGGGAUGUAUAAGAAGAUAUGAUCUCCGUCAUGGACUCACAGUGAUCUGCUCAGAUCUCCUGGUCCAGCCUGAUAUCUCCCUGACUGACUCAAUGGGAGGGGUCUUCAGGGGCCACCAGGGGCCCGGGGUGUUCAGGGGCUACAGCUUCAACAUCACCUGCUCCACUCAGACACAGUACCCAGGAGGCUCCUUCCUCCUCACGUUCACCGGCUCCAACAGAACCCAGACCCAGCCAGCUGUCAAUCACUCUGCUGCCUUCCUCUUCCCUGCUGCAGAUGACUCCCACCAAGGGAACUACAGCUGUGUUUAUGAGAAUUCUGUUUUCUCUCAUAACUUCUCCUCUGAGAGUGAGCUCCUCCCCCUCACCAUCACAGGUUUGUCAUCCCAGUGACCGGCAGGCCAACCCCCGUCCCCUCGAAUCCCAGGGCCCCCGAGAGACCGGGACCCAUCCUUUGAAAAGACCCCACAGUGAAACACACAGAACAGAAGCAGAUCAGCAGACAAAAGCCUUUCUCUCUCACAUCGAUUAUCAUACAACUACUAAAAAACUCAUUCAUACAUAAAUAAUAUCCUGCGUAUCUUCAUUUCCACCAUUAACAAAUAAUAUGUGUAAUAAUGUAGGUAGUUCCUGCUAUGUGAUGAUGUUAGUAGUAUAGAGAUAAUGAUGUUAUUGAUCAUAAAUGUUAUGAUAUUGAUUAUGAUGUAGAUUAGUGUUAUGUUGUUAGUAGUAUAGAGAUAAUGAUGUUAUUGAUUAUAAAUGUUAUGAUAUUGAUUAUGAUGUGGAUUAUUGUUAUGAUGAUGUUAGUAGUAUAUAGAUAAUGAUGUUAUUGAUUAUAAAUAUUAUGAUAUUGAUUAUGAUGUGGAUUAUUGUUAUGAUGUUAGUAGUAUAUAGAUAAUGAUGUUAUUGAUUAUAAAUGUUAUGAAGAGUCACUGAAUGUUGUAAUAAACUCACUGUCAGUCUUGUGUGA